AUGGGAAACAUGAAUGUUUGUUGCAAUGCAAGAGAGGAUUUCCCUCAUGAUCACUCUUAGAAUAAAUUAAAGCAUAAGUAGGAUACUGAAGAGAGUGAGUAUGAACCUAAUACUGAAGCAUACAGAAAAACAAUUUAAAGUGUCAUCAUUUAAAAACCUUCACUCACUUUUGGAGAAUAGAUGAUAUAGGAUAUAAUUGACUUAACUGAUGAAAAUAAAGUCCCACUAACCAGUGAAAAUGGGUGGAAUUGUUUAAUAGAUUAAGCAUCUAUUAAAUUGUAUGCUUUUGAAUGGAAAAAAGCAGAAAAGUCAAUGUAAAAUUAAGGUUGUAUUUUAGUUAGAGUUAUUGUUUUAAGAGCACAGUUUCAAUUAAAUUGUUCCAUUUAAUAAUAUCUCAAUGUCAGUAUGGAUGAGAUGAAAUUGAUUGAUAAAAAAAUAGAAGAAUUCAAUAUAGUGGAAGAGAAUACAGAGCAUAAUGAAUCAAUUCGGUAUCUUGCUCAUAAGGGUAUUGGUGUAUUGAAAAGUAGAGAUUUUUUAUAUUUGAAAUCUCAGCAAAAGAUCUCAGAACAAUUAUAUAUAGAAGCUGCAAAGUCAAUUGAAGAUUAAACUGGGUUCAUUGAGAAAAAAAGAACUAGAGGAUCCAUUAAUUUAGCUGGAUAAAUUGUGGAAUAAAUUAACUUAUCAACUAUUUUGAUUAAGUAAUUCUUAGAUGUUGAUCUGAAAACUAAUGUUUAAUUAGCUAAUCUGAAAAAUCCUAUAAUAAAAGAAUUCGUAAAAUAUCAUGAGUCAUUAUAAAAUCAUGUAAAUUUUUAAUAAUAAUGA